AUGGCAUAUAAUUACAAUUAUCGACACAACUCGAUAGGUGGCAAUUGGCGUUUGCCACCACCAGCUCAACAGCAGCAGCAACAACAGCAACAACAACAGCAGCAGCAACAAGGUCAGCAUAAUGGAUCAAACGACGUUAUCCCUGAACAAUUACAUCCCCCCCAACAACAAGCUACUGCUAGCUGCUACAAACAAAAUCAAAUACCAGGAUUUCGUAAUCCGUGGUUCUCAAUUAACUCAAUUAGCUCUGCUGCCACUUCGCCCAACUCAGCACCAUUGUCUGCCAUUUCACAAUCACCGACAAAAUCGCAGCACAUUUCCUUACUUCAUCAGCAACCUCCACAAUUGAAUAAACGGCUAUCCUUCACUAACCAGUUGCCCACCACAUACGAAAACGAAAAUAGUCACAACUCAAAUCAGCCUCCUUUUGUGCAGCCUCCAACUCGAGCCGAUAACCCUUUUGCGCAAUAUUUCGCUAACCAAGAGGUAUCACUAAAUAAUGCUGCCAGCGAUCGUGGAAUGUCAUCAGCAAUUGACGGAACAUAUUAUAACAGUCCUUACGGAUAUAAUUCACAAAUAGAUUCCGGCACGUUACAAUCUCAGGUACCUGGGGGAGGAGGAGGAGGAGGAGGACUUUCGCAAAUGUUAAACAAUUCUUCUUUAGGACCAGGUGCAGGCGGUAUACUUAAUCGAAGAUCAUCCAUCCCUGCUGUGCCACUUCAUUAUCAACAGAAUCCAAUGAUAACCUACGAGAAUAAAGGAGGGGGGUAUUUGGUCACGCCUUCGCAAGCUGGGAGGUCUCCAUCAAUUGUUCAACAAUACCAGCAAGCUCUUCAAAAUCAAAAGAGUUUUAAGUUGAGGAAGGCACCGAAAGCAAGAAAAAUAUAUAGUAAACUGGACUUGAGUCCCAAGAUUCAUCAUCAACCAAAAUAUAGACGAUGUUCUAUUAAUUCCAUCCAUAUAUCACCUGUUAAUGCGUUAUCUGUUUAUCUUACUGAAUCAUACAGCAUAUGCCAGCCCAGAAAGUUCCAGUACUCGAGAUUAACCAAUCCGAAAAGAGUACUUACAAAGCCACUGGAACAAAAAUACAAUAAUGGUUUUGAUAAUGAAGAGAGCGAUUAUAUUUUGUACGUUAACGAUGUAUUAGGAAGCGAAGAAGGAAGAAAAUACAUGGUUCUAGAUCUUCUUGGAUCAGGAACAUUUGGCCAAGUUGUCAAAUGCCAAAACUUGACUAACCAAACAGUUUGUGCUGUUAAAGUUAUUAAAUCGAAGCCUGCUUAUAUAAAUCAGUCGCUAACAGAAGUGCGGUUGUUGGAAUUUUUGAAUAACAAUAGUGACGGCAAACAUUUCAUUAGAUUGUUGGACACAUUUAUGCACAAGGAACAUUUGUGUUUAGUAUUUGAGCUACUAGCGUCGAAUUUGUACGAAUUAAUAAAGCAAAACCAAUUCCAAGGGUUGAGCAUGAGAUUGGUCAAAUUGCUAACAAAGCAAUUGUUGGAAUCACUUGCUGAGCUUAAAAACUUUCAAAUGAUUCAUUGUGAUUUGAAACCGGAGAAUAUUUUAUUAUGCCAACCAGAUAAACCAAACAUCAAGGUUAUUGACUUUGGAUCUGCGUGUUUUACGCGUCAAACAGUUUACACAUAUAUUCAGUCCAGGUUUUACCGAUCACCCGAGGUGAUCCUUGGAUUGCCCUAUACCGAAUCAAUUGAUAUGUGGUCCCUAGGAUGCAUAGUAGGAGAGUUUUUUUUGGGUUUGCCUAUGUUUCCUGGCACUUCAGAGUAUAACCAAAUUUGGAAAAUAGUUGAUAUGUUGGAACUUCCUCCGCGUCAUAUGAUUGAGGUUGGUAGAAAUGCGCUAAAUUUUUUCAAAAGAGUACCAGGGCAGAUCCCAGAUGAGAAACCAAACUAUGCGUUAAAAACAUUUGAAGAAUAUACCAAGUUCCUUGAAGCGUUCAAGAAAUCAGCAGAACACUCGCAUGGAUCGAGCCAUCUGCAGAAAAAGGAGCAACCAAAUAAAAACUAUUUCAAACAUAAGCUGUUGAAAGAUAUCAUUUUAAACUACAAGAUGCCUUCAAAGAAAAUGACAAAUUCAAUGAUUGAAAAGGAAAUGCAAGAACGAUUAUUGUUAGUGGACUUUUUAACAAAAGUGCUAAAUCUUAACCCCCUAGAGCGACUAACCCCACAAGAAGCAUUGAAACAUCCAUUUAUUCAAGACGUGAGAACAAUCGACCUCUCAACUUAG